UGUAUGGUCAGGCUGCUAAUGUGUUUGUGUUAGACUCAUUCAUGUACCUUUUAGGCCAAUCUUCUGUAUAGAGACAUUCUCACCUCCCCCCACCCUCUCUCCUUACUCCUGGUAUCACCUGAUGUCUCACUGAUCAGGUAAACACCAGGACCAAUCAAGGGUCAAAUUUAACAACACCACCUACCUCCAUCCUGACAAAAGAUCCCACCUACUCAGGCUAAUAUACUAUACCAUCAGUAUAGAGUUUUAGCUCACUGUCAACAGACACAGAACGAGUAAAUCAUACCCCUGAAGAAGAUUGUUCUACCUUUGAGUCUACCUGCUUGCAAAGGCCAAAACAGAGAUAUUGGUUUUCUUAUUGUGUGAUCAAAAUGGCUUCCAACUCCGACUUCCAAGAAGAAGACUUCGUCUGUCCCAUCUGCUAUAAUAUCUUCAAGGAUCCUGUGGUCCUCCCCUGCAGCCACAGUGGCUGUAAGACCUGCAUAGAGGACUACUGGAAACAUAAAGACCGCCAGGAGUGUCCUGUCUGCAGGAAGAGAUCAUCCAUGUCUCUACCAACAGUCAGCCUUACUCUGAAGAGGCUUUGUGAGGUCUUCCAGCAGGCAAAAAGCAACAGAGAUGCUCAUGUUUCAAAGAAGCUUUGUGGUCAACAUAAAGAGAAACUCAAACUCUUCUGCCUGGAGGAUGAAAAACCUGUCUGUUUGGUGUGUUGCUAUUCAAGCAAACAUACAGGACACACAUUCCGUCGAAUAAAAGAAGUUGUGGAGGAUUGCAAGCUUAGUGUCGAGGCUGACCUGGUGAUCUUGAAGGAGAAACUGAGACUUUAUAAUGAAACCAAACAAAAAUGUGAUCAAUCAGUAAAAUAUAUUGAGAUGCAAGGAAAAGUAACAAAGGACCAAGUGAACAGCCAUAUUGAUGUUCUCAAUCAGAUCCUAGAGAAUGAAAUGAGCAAAAGGAUUAAGGCUGUGAGGAAGGAAGAAAAACAGGUUACUAAGAUGGUACAGAAGGAAACUGAGAGUUUCAGGCAAUACUGUGUAAUUAUGGAAUGCAAAAUCAGCGAGGGAGAAUAUUUUCUUGAAGCUGACAUUGAUGCUUUGCUUUUGGGAUACAAGGAUCUUCGUAACAAGCCCAGAACCCAGUGGUCGUAUCCAGAUCCACAGCCAAUUUCAGGGGCAUUUAUAGAUAUGGUCAAACACCUGGGAAACCUGCAGGUCGGGGUCACGCAGAACAUGCUCAGAUCUAGGUCAUACUAUCCUGUGAUUCUGGAUCCACACACUGCCCACAGAGAUGUCCUGUUGAACGAAACUUUAACCGGGAUCAGAAUGAAAAAAAAAAAGGAGAGAAAAGCUCAAGAUAGACAUUAUGACAACCCAGAGAGGUUCAACUUACAUCCAUGGGUCCUGGCUUCUGAAGGUUUUGACUCGGGUCAAAACAGCUGGGUGGUGGAGGUUCAAGACAUUCAUAACUGCUGCUCAUGGACCAUCGGAGUACUGGAAGGGUCAGUAUCCAGGCACGGGGUGAUUGACAAAGGAGUCUGGAGCUUAGUCCACCAAGAAGAUGUUUACACGGCACACUCUGGCUCCGAGGAGCCUGUCACCCUGACAUUGGAAAAAUUUCUCAUCAAUGUCAAAGUGACACUGGACUGGGACAAAGGGUGUCUGACCUUCUUUGAUACGGUUAAUGAUCUACAUCUCCACACAUUUACACACAACUUCACAGAGAAAGUCUUUCCGUAUCUGAGCAAUAAUUGUAGCAAACAUAUGUUGGCGAUUUUACCGGUGAAAUCUCAGGAAUUGGAAAUUAUGAACAAGAACUAGUAGGGGAUCAUUGACACAUUUAAGAAUUUUUUUCAAAUGCUUUUCACACAAACCCACUUUUAAUUCAAAUUUUCAUAAUGCUAUUUAUUGUUAAUACCUGAAGCCAGCUCUGACAAAACAGAAAUGUAACCAACUCUGAAGUUUUUGCCAUUUGGAAGAGAACGAUAAAUCUAGCCUGAACAGAAACUAUUGCAAAAAAUGCUCUGAACCACUCACCAUUGUCACAUUAAGACUUUUAUUCCUUUUUGUUAAUGUCAAGGGUAAAUUAAACAAUGAGUAUUUAACAUUCCGUUUAUCUAUAUUUACUCAUUUCUCCUACUUGAUACAACUA